UUCGGGGGCCGCGCCGGGUAGCGUUUCUGUCUAGUGCCCGAAGCAGCUCUGGCUCAGGGAGCCUUUAGUCUGCUCCACGGGGACUUCUGUGCACGGAUGGACCCGCCCGGAUACGGCGGGAAGCGGCCUGGCAGGCGGCGGCCCCGGCGGCGUCAGCAUAGGGAGUACAGGGCUGAGGCCGCGGGUCCCUGAGGCGUGCGGGUCCAUCGGGCCCGGCGGCGACACCAUGAUGCCGGGCGAGACCCACUCGGCGGCUCCCGGAGCAGCGGCGGAUCUCUCACGAUGUCAGGGCUGUGCCUCCCUGCAGCAGAAUUUAAAUGAAUAUGUUGAAGCAUUAAUUACCUUGAAGCAAAAAAUUAUUAACACAGAUAAUUUGUUAACAGAAUAUCAGAAGAAAUGUGAUGAGCUGCAGUUUGCCAGAAGAGAGAACAGUACUCUGCAUCACCAGGUGGAACAAAUGCUUCAGAAAAUUUCUCCUCUGCAGAAAUGUCAGGAAGAAUUGGGGUCUUUAAAAGCUGAACUAGAAGAGAAAAAGAGUUCCCUAAAGUUGUAUCAGGAUACUCAUCAGGAAUAUGCUCGUGUGAAAGAAGAAUGCUUGAAAACUGAUGCUCAGAAGAAGAAACUAGAAGCCAAGGUGAAAAAGCUGGAAGAGGCUGCUCUCAAGCAAACUCAGGACUUCAAGCAACUAAGGAAUGAAAAGAAAAUACUUGAAAAGGAAUUUAAGAAGACACAGGAAAGGCUGGAUGAGUUUUCUAAGCAGAAAAAUGAAAAAGAGUUGAAACACAUUGGAACACAAAUUUCAAGUGAUUGUUAUGGAAGCAUAGAUAAAAGAAAAAUAAAACUACUUCUGAAAGAACUCUGGCUCUGUAUAAACACAACACACAGAGUACCUGGUGAAAGCAGCAGAUGUCUCCCAGCAAAACCUGCUGAAGAAAAACCUAGAUCCAGAGAGUCCGGGGAAGAUGGUGUGCCCACUCGGGUUGAGGGCAGCCCUCCCAGAGCCUCUGCAGUGCAGACGUGUCUGGCGGAGCUGUCCAUGGAGAUAGAGGGUGACUUCUCCCCAUGUAAAAAUGUGAGACAAGAGAGGCCCAGUGGAGCAGCUCAUCCUAAUGAGGACCAGCCUCCUGAAGUUGUAAUGCCGAGGAAUGACGAGGACAGUACUGAGUUUUUGCAUGGCAGUCGCUUUUUUGAUGAAGAUCUUCAAGCUGCAGUUGACUUCUUCAAGCUUCCCCCUCCUCUUUUGUCUCCAGUGCCAUCACCCCCUCUGGGGUCCUUACCGCACCUGGGCACCUUACCUUCUUCUCUUGCACCUGAAACCUACUUUGGAGAGUACACAGAUUCCAGUGAUAAUGACUCAGCCCAACACAGAAAUUCUGCUGAGUCUAAUUCAGAAGAUGAUACAUCUGACACACAGGACUGUUUUGGCUCACCCAGAAAGAAUAAAGGAAGUGGUACAUGGGAGGAAAAGCCCAAUUUGCAGGGAGCCACCGAAGCUCUGAACACAUUGGAAGCAAAUGAAGUGACAGCUGUUGGGUUUGGAGCACUUACAGCAACGCUGAGAGAACCUUCAGCCACAUUCACCUUAGCUCAUGAGGAACACUGGGCAUUGUCAUCUCAGCUCAUUAGUGGUAAAAAAAGAGGCAUUUCAGGUGAGGCAAAAGGACAAAGAGAGGUUAGGGAGAUGGAUAAAUCAGUGCAAACUGAGGAAACACUUUGUAAACCCACCAGAAGUGUGAGUGUUGAGAGGUUGUCUGGCAGCCUAACACAAGGGAAGGAAGCAGCCCUUGGGACGUCAGACAUGUGUUACUCUCCCCUUGGCAAGAGGCCAUUGAAUGAACUUCCAGGAUCUGAAGGAAAAACUCCAUUUUCCAGAAUGAUAGGAUCAUCCAAAUCAGACUUCACUAAGUGGACGCCAACUAAUGAACUCACAUGUGAAUCAGAUCAUAUGUCAGUUUCUGACCAUCAUCAGGGAAUAUCUAGAGAACUGGAAAAGGACAGAGAAGGGCAAGGUUUUAUUUUAGGAGAAUCACCCGAACCUGAAGAAGAUUCAGAUGAUGUAAUGGAUGCAACAGAGCUUGAUGUCGAAGCCAAAUUUUCUUCCUCUUCUACCUCAGGAGCAUUGUCUGUCUACAGUAAUCCCCAGUCUUCCUCUGGGUUGAAGUGUGGUCAUGAUAAACAUAUCCCUACUGAACUGUGUCAUUCAGAACAGAAGUUACAAGCUACAACUUCAAACUUGUCAGGUCUGCAGUCUGAGCCACUAGAAUGUUGUGCAGUAGCAAACAACCUGGAGAAUAGCUUCCAUGCUCUGAACCCUGAGUUGGGAGCAUCCGAUUUUCAUGAUCAGAGUAGCAGUGGCAAAGAAUGUACAAAAGUUGUAAAAGGCAUGACCAAAGUAUAUUCCCUUCCUCAGUCAGUAUUUAUGAAAGCCAUGAAAGGUGGACAGUGUGAAAGUCAAGGUCCAGGAGGUGAGCUCACGCCAAGUCAGUCAGAUUUUGCACCCUUAGUAGAGUCUCGGUCUGGCUUGAUUAAGAGUGGUUUUGGUUUUGUUAAAAGCACUUCUUGGCACCAUAGUGAUCUGUUAAGGAGAGGUAGUGAAGAAAGGCUGAGAGCUAAGUCAGAACAUGAACGUGAACAGGAAACCAACCAUCAGUUACAAAAGGCAAUGCUGUCCUUAGAAAAAAGAGGGUCAACGUCAUUUUCAUCUAACCAAGUGUCAGUUAUCACCAAGCAGGCCAGGCCUGAAGCAACGCAGAGUGCUAGAUCGGAACCUUUGAGACUGCAUAGGAGUGAGCCUGCCUUAGCAACAGAAAAAGUGGAUAACGUGUCAUCCAUAGCAAGAUGUGGAGAAAGGGAGGACCCGACCCAGAUCAUCAAGGGGGUGGCUGCUACAAAAAGGACUUCACCAGAAAGUUCCAAGUCUUGGAGAAAAUUAGAUUCCGAUUCUCCAGGUGGUUCUUUACCAGUAGAAAAUUCUCAUUGUUCCACAAAGAGUAAAUUAUCUUUUUUCCCUGAAAAUAUCCCAGUCCCAAACCAAAACGUGACAGAACCUGCAGUGCAGGCAGAGCUGCGGGAGCAGUGUCCGCCUCUGAAUGUCACAGGUCUGGACUCAUCUGGGACGGGGGCAGGGAAACUUCCUCCAGCUGCAGAAAUGGCGGUGUCCAGAAGUCUUUCUGUUGAAAAACAACCCAGGGAGGAGACAGUUAGAUCUGGUGGUAAAGCCCUGGCCAUUUCAAAGGACUCGCCUAGUAGAGAGCAAAGCCCAGAGGGGUCUCUGGAGCAGCCAUCCCAGACUCCUAGUGGUACUUCUCCUGAAGGUUCAGGCACCACAGGCACUGCCUUUUCACCAGAAAUUGGCAGAAAGGAUGAAGAGACACAUGCCCUCCCACAGAGUAGCCUUCCAGGUUCUCUUUAUUGUUACACAGGCAUCCGGGAGGUGGGGGGUGUUGACACUGAGGUGGAAGAGAGUGAGGCCCCGAGCUGCAGUGAGGGUGAGAAUGAGCCCGAGGCCGCGCCAGGAAACCAGCAGUGGGAUGCUGCCAAGUCCUCCAGAGGAGAUGUGGGAGCUGCACGCACUGCUGCCGCUGAGACCAGGCCUUCCACUGAGUUGGGCUGUCUGACCUCAGCUCUGCAGGACUUCAACAUCGGCACUCUCUCUGAGAUAGACAGACUGUCCACAUCAGACGUCGUCAUGUUUCUUGAAAGUUGUCAGUUAAGAGAUUAUAGUUCAGGGGACUCUGUUUCAGAAUAUUCGAACAAAGAAAGCCUAAACAAAGACACGAACAAAGAAUCAAAGCAAAGUGAAACAUCAGGAGAAAAGUCUAGAAAGCAGCUCGGUGAUGAUGAAGAAACACUCAAAACCUGUGAAGAGUGGAUUGAAUCCGAGGAAGAUGAUUGUGCUUUAAGGGAUGCGAGUCACCUCACCCAGUGUUCGCUGGAAACACUGUCUGAGGUGCUAACCAAGAUUGGACAGGAACUUCAGUCCAACUAUGAGGACUCUGAUGGAAAAGAUGCCGGUAAUUUACUCCUCUUCAGUAUACACGACAGCCUGACAACUGAGCACUUAAAAGAACGAGUCUCACCUCAGCAAAUAAGCAGCUCCUCAUUGCACCCUUCAGAUCCACCCCCGGCAACAGCUGGCUUGGGUGCUAAGGGCAGUUCUCCCACUAGUGGGGUAUCUACUGUUAAAAGCACUCAGGACCGGCUUGAGGGUAACUCAAAUGUGACUGGGCUGAUGGGCAGUGGAGGUGAGGUCCUGUCAGAACUGGCGGAGCUCCCCGCCAAGUGCUCUGACUCGGGAGCUGGGCAGACAGCCGAGCCCGGUGCUGGUUGUGAGUCAGAAGGGUCAUUUCAGUGUCAGAUAUCUACUGUGACUUCUGAAGUUAUAAAUGUGCUGGUAAAUAAGGACCAAAAUCUAGUUAUUGAAAAGGGAGACAACUGGACCAUCAUAAAUGGGGUAGCCCUCAUGCCGAAUGUGGACCAGGUCAUCCUGUGUGACACUCCUGGAGACAACCCUGCUUCCCCAGAUGGAGGAGAGACUGAGGGAGCUGGUUUCAUCUCCCCGACUUCUGUGGACAAGUCCCCAGAGACCAGCCACCCUGGCUCUCCACUUCAGGAGUCCCCAGGUGGCAGUAAUCUUCCAUGUACCCCAGAGGAUAUUUCCAACAGUGGCCAGAGUUCCAACUUCGAUAAAAGUCGUUUGCGGAAUAGACCUGUUAAACCUAGUGUAAGGAUUAGUUCUGAAAUUUAUGAUCAAAUCUUUGAGUCUCAGAUUGUUGCAUCUGAUCACACAUAUUAUAACUCAAAACUGGAGCCAUUUGUCAAAAACAAGAAUCGAUCAAAGAUUUCAAACAAAGAUCAGUCAAACAAACUGGUAAAGACUUCAUCAUCCGGCAGGGUUGAAACUAACCCAAGUGAAGUUUCUCAGUCACCUUCAGCGGACAGUGUUAACACAAAAGCCCAGAGACCUCAAACUCAGACCAUUCUGGCCAAUGCUGACACCUCAACCCCUAUGGAUUGUUCCACAGACACGCUGAGUAAAAUACGGCAGGAGGUGGGGCCCCCUUUGCCACCCCUCCUUGCUCCUUUGAUUGCCACACCUCCACGGACUUCACACCCAGUUUCUCCUCUAAUAUCAAGUUCCAGUCCCUCCUCACCCACCUCCCCUGUUGGCCAGCUUUCUCCAUUAUGUGAGAUUCCAGUGCCACCCAUCAUGUCUCCUUUGCUGGAAGAUGCAAGGCGUGCCUCCCCUUCAUGCACAUCUCCAUCCCCAUCCGCUGUAUCCACUGGGGAGAGGAUACUGUCAUCUCCUCUGCAGUUCUGUGCCACCACCCCAAAGCAUGCCCUUCCUGUGCCUGGCAGACUGCCUCCCUGUGCAUCUGCCCACACCACUGUGGCUGGGCCCCAGGAAAAUUCCAUUAAAAUCCUCGACACCAUGUACCCAGAGUUAUCUGCCAGGGCCCGUACUCUCAACAUCCUCAAAGGGAAUAUUCAGCUCACGCGAGGUCCACCUGCUGACCGGCAGAAUUUACCGGGGCCCGUCAGCGCCAUAACAGGUUUCAAAGCGAUCAGUUCCAUGUCAACUGCCUUUGUCAAAACGGGGGGCAGCUCUGGUGGUGAUUGUAAUCAGGAUAAGUCCAGAGAUUUGGGUACUCAACAGGAUCCAAGUGGAAAAAGAACACUGUCAGCAUGUAUACUGAGGAGUGCUAAAAGAUUGCGCCUGGACAGUGGGUCCUCGGAAUCAGAAGGUGGGAGCACCACCUCGGAAGGGGUCAACAAGCCCCCCUGCAGGAACCUCCCUCAAGCUGAAGUUGCAGCAACAGAUGAGGAACCAAGUUCUGUUUCAGCUGCCAGUUCAGGUUCACAGUUGCCUCUGAACCCCAAAGAAACUGUGGAGUCUCACGAUAAAGCCAUAGCUGAUGCUCUGAAGAAGAUUGCAGAGUCCUCCUUUGACUUGUUGCCUGUCAUUCGCAGUCAUGUGUAUGUGGGAAAUAUCUCCAAAAAGCCUGUAAUGAGAGAUCAAGAGAAAGAAGUUGUCUAUGACUUCAGCACAACAAAGAAGCAUUUAGCAGAGUGCUUGCUUCACUCUAUUCUCUCCGAAUUAAAACUUCAGAAGACAUCUCUGGAGCACAAUUACAUUCAUGCACUCUGCAGAGUGUAUGUGGGUAUUUGCCGGCAACUCGGAGACGUAGAAAGAGCUCGCUUGUUCUGCUACAGCCUACUUAAGGAAGAUUUCCCAGAGUCAGAAAAACUGACUUUGUUCAUCGCAAACAUGUGGCAUGAUAUAUUUAUCUCUCAAUCAGUGAUUAAUAAGGCAAUGCAGUUAGUUGCCAGGCAACGUGCUAAAGGAGAGGUUCUGAAUUGUUUGAGAGCAUUUCUCAAUUGGGAAAAGAAUUCUCCUGCAGAUGUUGGCUUCAUGGUUUCUAAGUUGCUUUUGACCAUACAGUUAUGUCCAAAAACAGAAUUUCAGUCCAGUGAAAGAUUUGGUGAAGACUUAAGUGACAACACUUGGGAGUACAUAUUUGCCAUUGAUCUGCUCUGCUGCCACCAGAAAUGGGUUUGGACACAUGAUAACAUUAUAAGUAAGGAGCUGUGGCCUGUAAUGGACAAGUGGAUAAAACACAGAAAAGGACAUGCGAACAUUGCGUAUAUUCCUGAUGUUAUCAUAGCAUCAAUACUGAGGCUGAUCGGUCGUUUAGGUCAGCUGGGUUUGAAGGAAGGGUUUCCAUCUGCUGUGAAAAAUAUUAGUUCGGUUAUUGGUAUGUUCAUACAGCAUGCCCAGGACGAAGAUAUACCAUGGGGUAUACAACUAGCAGCCGUGUAUGCCCUUUGUGACUUGAGCCCCAGCAAUCCAGCAGAGAUAUCCAAGAUCCUGGAAGCUUGGCGCAAAGACACCUCGCACAGCGUGCCCUCUGCAGUGGUCAGCUCCCUGGAGGAAGUCAGUGCGUUGUGUGCAGGGGAGCUCGGCUAAACCGCCGCCCGCCACUGCACCUAGAGAAGUGCCUUCACGUAUCUUGAGUAUAAACAGAUUAAUGAGCUUUCCGAAUGUAAACGAAGGUUUCACAGGAAAGAUGCAGAAGAGAAAACGCCAAGAGGCUCUCCUCACUGUGUGGCAAGGAGACAGGAGAAAUGCCCAGCCGCACAGCCGUGUUUCCCAAACCACAUGCUUAAGUCACGUAAGGCUGUUGUGAGUACAUGGCAUGUGGAUUGUGUUGCGUCCUGGUCAAACAACAAAAACUUGAAUUUAGCCCUUUUUGCUGCAGAAAGUGUCCUUUCAGUCGCUUUUUGAGUGGCAUUUUAUAAUGAAUUUAAUAUGAAAGCAUUGAUUUGGUUCCUGAGUUAAUUCUGGCCUUUGUGCCCAAAUGACUGACGAGGAAAAACUGUACUGGCUGAAAAAGAACUAGAAGACUCUUCCAGGAUCUCAGCUGGAAGUGGGCUACAGAAGUUUUUCUCAAGGUGCAGUGUGCAGCUGAUCCACGUGAACACGGGGGAGCCUCUAGAAACUCACUGUGAUGCGUUUUCUUUGCAGGAGUUUCCUAACGAAGUUCUUGAACCUGGUUAACUCUCUGUCAGGGGAAGGAGAGUGAGGAGCAAAAGGCUCUGCAGGCCCUGCCCCCACAGCAGGGUGGGCUGCUGUGGACUCGGAGGCGGGCGCUCAGAGUCCCCCGCCGCCGGCCUGCGGACAGCGCUGCGCGAUGAUGUGUGUCACAUUUGAUGAUGUUCCGCUUUCGGAAUUUUAGUAUUUGUACAGAGGGAAGGGGUUCAACAGCUGUCCGUGGUUCUGAUUUGUCUUAUAUUCAUCAUUUCCUAAAUCUCUUGUAUGUGUUUUUUUUUAUAAUAAAAAAUAAAAGGAAGCCAUGUACAUUGUUCUGAUCAGUAAAGGUGAUGCUUGGUGCCGCUUCCAUUUUCACUGCAGAUGGGAGAAGGCAGCCAUUCCAAAGGAGACUCCACCUCAGGGUAGACCCACGCUGCUUUGCCGGCGUUUCACCUUCUGAGUUUUCUCAGAGGUGCUCUUGGUGAUCUCGGAUGCCAGAUAAUUAAGUGUUGAUCAGCUCUUAUGAUUGGAUGUUUGUUGAGUUACAGUUGCUGCCCUUUUCAAAUUAUAUUUGACAAGUAUUUUACUCCUUUGUGUUUGUAAAGUAAUUGUAGCAAAAAGCUGAGAUGUACGAACAACUCUGUGUAACCCCUUGGAAGCUUUUGGUUGGUGUGUCCAUCCAGUGUUCACUGAGCACGUGCUCUGCACUGGUGCCUCACGCAGAGGAGCUGGUGAGCAGGCCACCAGCAGCAGGGCUCUGAAGACCUCUGGUCUGUUAGUAGAGAAAAACCGUAAGCAAUUACCCCAGGAAAUCAGCACUUGAAAAUUUUGGUGAGUUCAGUGAGAAAAUGUGGAGACUUGCAGUAGAACAAUAGAGUAGUAGAUGCUGCUCUUUCUAGGUGUUAAUCGAGGAGGGGCCCUCUGAGGAGGUCAGGAGCGGAGCCAGGAGCGGAGAAAAGGAAGCCAGCUUUGAGAGUAGGGGACACGCGUCCCUCCCGGAAAGGUAAGUGAGACUUUUAGAAGGAAAGAGCCUUUCGUGUGCGAGAACAUGGCUGACUGAUACAGCCAGAACAUACCGUUCAAGUGUCGUUUGUCUGAUGGUACAGAUUAUGCCAGUUCCUGGGACUGAGGCAGCCGUGGGCUUGUUCACAGAUUGAGCAGAGAUGUCAUAUGAGAUUACAGUUCACUGGGGCUGCUCUGUGGCAAAGGGGUGUGAGAAGGGCAAGGGGCGAAGCAGAGGGACCUGUCAGGAGGUGGGGGGAGAUAAUGGUGUUACAUGAAUUUCAUGUGUCUCUUGGAGGUAGGAUCAAUGCUAAGUUCCUGAACUUGGAUGAGGGACAGGUAGGAAUCAAGAGCCAAGGUUGCUGAGUUGGGUUCCAUGGGGUAGGUACAGGUGCACAGGUUGGUGGUAGGAAACAAAAAUGCUAGGUGCUGGUUUGGGACUUGGACAUUGUAAGACAUCCAGGUGGAGGUGACAGGCAGCCUUUACAGGUCACUUUGGAGUACAGACAAGAUGGGGCAGAAGUUAGGAAGCCGAUAAUGUUUGGAGGCUAUUUAAAGUGCCGUGUGUGUGUGUGUGUGUGUGUGUGC